UAAAUAAUUUAUAGGUAAGUAGCAGCAUAAAUACUAAAACAGUAAGUAGUUUAUUUAACAUUUGACAAUUACAGUAUUUUAUGGAUAUUGAUAAAUAAGUGUAAGUUAUAAGUCUAAAUGGAAAUAGUGUGGUUUUGUCUGUUAUUGAUAUCAUUCAAUGUGUGCAAUGCUGAAGAUGUUAAGACAAUACGAAAACCCAAUGAUAUAUCAAUGGUUGAUACCGAUGAAUACAAGGACGUCUUGAAUAUUAGCCCCGAGAGUACAAAACAUUUUUUGUUAUGGAUUAAGGAUAACAUACAAAAUGAUAUCCAAUGUACUGAUGAAGGAGUUGAUCCAAUGAAAUGUGAAACAAAAGAAGGAUCAACCAUUGAAACUAACUUGGACGUUUGGAAUCAAUUACCGUUAUUUAUACGUAAUCAGUGGUCAAUGACAACCAUAAAUAAAAAUUUACCCGAAGAUAUCAGCAAAGCUAUCGAUUAAGAUAAACAAUGUAAAAUAAAUAACAUUUAUAUGAAAUAAAAAUAAUCUAAUUUAAUUUAA